AGGGACUCCCAACACCCCAUGUCUUAAUGUGACGGCAAUGCCUCGAGACUCCCAACACCCCUGGCCUCUUCCCGGUGCACAUCUCCGCCUUCACGACCAGUCGGACUAUCCAAUUGUGGACUCCCAGCACCCCUGGCCUUCUGUCUGUGCCGAUAUCUUUUCUUUUAAUGACUUAAUUGUGGUCGAAAUGCAUGCAAUGGUCGGUCAAAACCAGUGCCCUCUCAAUCCCAUUAAGGCUCGGAUCAGAUCAAUAGCUAAAUGGUUUCUAUGGAAAUAUGCGUGGUGCGACUCUUAUGCCGAUCCUCGGCUGAAGGGCUGGCCAUUAAUGAGUAGUCCGAUACCAACGCUUGUAAUACUUUCAAUAUACUUUCUAAUCGUUAAGUUUGGUCCCAUUUAUAUGAAAAAUAGACAAUCGUUUAAAUUAAAAUGGAUUUUAAUUGUUUAUAAUUUCGGAAUUACUCUUUUCAAUGCUUGGAUGGCUUUCGAGUACAACUUUAUUUGUCAACUCGUCAAUACAUCCAAUGAUCCCUUUGAAGUCAGAAUAGCGAUAGCCAUUUGGUGCUACUACUUCUCAAAGUGUAUUGAAUUGUUGGACACAAUAUUCUUCAUAUUGCGAAAGAAAGCAAAUCAAUUGACAUUCCUCCACAUUUACCAUCAUUCAUCAAUGUUCAUAUUCUGGUGGGUGGGCGCCAAGUAUGUGCCGGGAGGGUCGGCCCUAACCGGUGCGAUGGUUAACUGCUUUGUACACAUUGUAAUGUACUUUUACUACGGAUUGGCCGCUAUUGGGCCACCGAUUACUCGAUAUCUUUGGUGGAAAAAAUACUUAACUAUUUUACAAUUGAUGCAAUUCACAACUGGAGUGGUGUUGGGUCUGAACUCAAUUAUAACUAACUGUGCGUUUACCCGAUGGAUGCAAUAUGUGUUUGUCUGCUAUGCCUUCUCUUUCUUCGUAUUGUUUGGAAGAUUUUAUCAAAAGGCUUACUGUUAUGGCGAUCAGGCAUUGAAGUUAAAACCUAUUUUACAGAAGGGAAUUGAAUGGACUGAUCAGAGGUGUAACAAGAAAUGCACAAAAUUUUGUAUAAAAAUAAGUGGCGCUGAGCUA